AUGGGGCUUUUGGCUGAAGACAUGUCAUUCCACUCCAGCAUCCCUGGGCCAAUGGAUAUAACUGUCGCUGUGGUUUACUCUGUUUUCGGAGUAUUUUCACUGUUUGGCAACAGCACUUUGCUGUACAUCUCCUACAAGAAAAAGCACCUCCUGAAGCCUGCAGAGUACUUCAUCAUCAACCUCUCUGUGAGUGACCUGGGCCUCACUUUGUCUCUCUACCCUUUGGCGAUUACUUCAAGCUUCUCCCACAGGUGGCUGUAUGGCAAAACAGUAUGCUCCAUUUAUGCAUUUUGUGGCAUGCUGUUUGGCCUCUGCAGUCUGACCACCCUAACCCUGCAAAGCAUGGUGUGUUUCAUGAAAGUGUGCUUUCCACUUUAUGGUAACCAAUUUAAGUCUCUUCAUGGCCAGCUGCUCAUCGCCUGUGCUUGGGUCUAUGCUCUGUUGUUUGCCUGCUCCCCGCUGAUCCACUGGGGAGAAUAUGGACCUGAGCCUUAUGGCACCGCCUGCUGUAUCGACUGGCGCCUGUCCAAUCAGCACACCUCAGCACGCACUUACACUGUGGCACUGUUCAUUUUCUGCUACAUCCUUCCAUGCUGCAUUAUUGUUGCAUCCUACACAGGCAUUCUGAUCGCUGUACAAGCAUCCCGGAAGACCAUGAAGCAGCAUGCGUCAAGACAGACACACAGGAACAGCAUCCAGACAAUAAUUGUUAAGCUGAGUGUGGUGGUCUGCAGUGGUUUCUUCGUGGCGUGGAGUCCUUAUGCUGUUGUUUCCAUGUGGGCUGCCUUUGGGCGGAUUGAAAACAUCCCCCCUCUUGCAUUUGCAGUACCUGCCAUGUUUGCAAAGUCCUCCGCUGUCUACAACCCAAUCAUCUACUUAAUGCUGAGACCGAAUUGCCGCAGGAUGAUGUGCAGAGGCCUAGGCACGCUGUUUGAACUAUGCCUUAAGGGCUGCCUUUGCCUCAAGCAGCACGCAAAGUGCUGCUCAAAACCAAUGAUCAAGGUCAGACUUGGCACAGCUCAUCGACAGAGCAACCUUCCUUCAUCUAUCUCUGCUGCUCAUUCACCUGUAGUAACUAUAAAGGAUUACAGCUGCCAGAGGUGCGAGAAUAGUUUUGAACACUUUAGACUCUACCCUCGAAUAUGUGGUAUUGCUAAUCCAGCUGCCAAUGGAGACUCAUCCAAAGAUCAACUUUCCCAAGCACAUACCCGGGUGUCAGAAAAACUCCAGCAUCUGGUGCACCAUCUCUGGCAAGCCAUCACGAAAGUAGUCAUGCUCUAUGGUUUCUACGUCCACAUUGGUCAGACCCAAGCGUCGCGCACAGCGUUUCCACUUGCUCCCAAUGUUGUCCCUUAG